AUGGGUUCCAUUCAACAAGUACAGCCGGAUUAUGAUGUCCUCAUUAUUGGUGCUGGGUUGUCGGGAUGUUAUGCUUCUCAUCGAAUGAAGCAGUUGAAUAUGACGCACAGAGUCCUCGAGGCAGGCACGUCGGUCGGUGGUACUUGGUACUGGAAUCGCUAUCCGGGCUGUCGCUUCGACUCCGAGUCCUACUCGUACGCAUUCUUCUUUUCCAAGGAGAUUCUAGACGAGUGGACCUGGACCGAGCAUUUCGCACCACAGGCCGAGACCGAGCGCUACAUCAGGUUCAUGUGCGACAAGCUCGAGUUAUGGGAUAACAUGCAGUUCGAAACACGCGUCGAGAAAGCGCAUUGGGACCCGGCAAAUCACCUCUGGAGACUCACCGACGCAUCUGGAAAUACAUACACGUCCCGCUACCUCAUCACCUGCAUAGGCGUGUUGAGUAAUCCAACCUUGCCAAAUAUCCCCGGCGUACAAGACUUCAAGGGGACGGCGUAUCACACGUCUCGAUGGCCCAAUGAAGAGGUCAGUUUCGAAGGCAAGCGGGUGGGCAUCAUCGGCACUGGAGCCACAGCCAUACAGGCCAUACCAGUGAUAGCCAAAACGGCAAAGAGCUUGACAGUGUUUCAAAGGACAGCAAACUGGGCGAUUCCACUACUCAACAGUAAGAUCGAGGAGGAAGAAAUGACCUCGAUUCGAAAGCGAUACCCUGAAAUAUUGGAGACGUUGAAUCGGACCAGAGCGUGCUUUUUACACGAUGCCAAUUACGACUCAAUAUGGGAUGCUACUCCCGAAGAGCGAGAAGCCUUUUGGGAGAAGUUGUAUGCGACGCCAGGGUUUCCCAUGUGGCUGUCCAACUACAAGGAGAUCCUCGUCGACGAGAAGGCGAACGAUCUUGUCACUGCUUUUGUGGCGAAAAAGAUCCGGGCACGAGUUCAUGACCCGUGGACAGCGGAGAAACUUAUCCCCAAGAACCACGGAUUUGGGACACGGAGAGUCCCCAUGGAGACGAAUUACUACGAAGCAUAUAACCAGCCCAAUGUGCGCCUCGUGGAUCUGACCGAAACUCCUAUUGAGCGCAUCACCGAGAGUGGACUGAAAACCACCCAAGAGACAUUCGAAUUUGACAUGCUCAUCUAUGCUACAGGCUUUAAUGCCGGCAUUGAUAACCAUCGACUUUAUGACGAAUGGAAAGACGGCCCAAAGACAUUCCUGGGCUUGACGGUCAAGAACUUCCCCAACAUGUUCAUGUCGAUGGGGCCCCAUCAAGCCUAUGGGAAUAUCCCUCGCAGCAUCGAAUUUGCUGUGGGCUGGAUAGCAGAAUGCAUAGAGUACUGUCGGGCUCACAACAUCACUCUCAUCGAGGCCACUGACGAAGGAGUGCAAGAAUGGACAGACCACGUCCAUGACCUGGGCAAGGAUCUUUUGAGUACCAAGGUUGACUCGUGGAUGACGGGCGUCAAUCGCAAUGUGGCAGGCAAGGAAAAGCGAAUCGUGGCCCGGUACAUGGGGUCUGCGCCGGAGUUUCGGAGGAGGUGCGAAGCAGUGGCAGCGGCCGGAUACAAGGCUUUCAAGCUUGCGUAG